AUGUCCGAUACUUUGUCUGGACCACUUGAUCGACAUAUCAAAGCCGGCCAAGCCGAUGCUGAAUACUCCGAGGAUGAGAGGAAGACAAAGCUUGGAUCAUUGAAGAAGAAGGCAAUUAGCGCCUCGAACAAGUUCAGGAAUUCUUUGACAAAGAAAGGCCGCAGACACAGUAGAGUAAUGUCAAUUUCAAUUGACGAUAACCUUAAUGCCGAGGAAUUACAGGCAGUGGAUGCAUUUCGCCAAGCACUUAUUUUGGAUGAACUACUACCCUCUAAGCAUGAUGAUCAACAUAUGAUGCUAAGAUUUUUAAGGGCCAGGAAAUUUGAUAUCGAGAAAGCAAAGCAAAUGUGGUCUGAUAUGCUCAAUUGGAGGAAGGAAUUCGGCGCAGACAUAAUCAUGGAGGACUUUGAAUUCAAGGAAAUCGAUGAAGUCUUGAAAUACUAUCCACAAGGAUAUCAUGGAGUUGAUAAGGAAGGAAGACCAGUUUACAUUGAAAGACUGGGUGAAGUUGAUGCUAACAAGCUGAUACAAGUCACAACUCUGGAUCGGUAUAUGAAAUACCAUGUACAGGAGUUUGAGAAAACUUUCAAUGUCAAGUUUCCAGCCUGUUCGAUUGCAGCAAAGAAGCACAUUGAUCAAAGCACCACUAUCUUGGACGUGCAAGGAGUGAAGAACACUAACAAAAAUGUUCAUGGUCAGGGGCUUAAACAAUUCACCAAAACUGCAAGGGAACUUAUUGGUCGCAUUUCAAAGAUUGAUGGUGACAAUUACCCUGAGACCUUAAAUCGAAUGUUCAUCAUUAAUGGUGGUCCUGGAUUCAGGCUUUUGUGGAGCACUGUUAAACAGUUCAUUGACCCCAAGACAGCCCAAAAAAUCCAUUUUCUGGGUAACAAAUACCAGAGCAAGUUGCUUGAAGCAAUUGAUGCAAGUGAGUUGCCCCAGAUUUUUGGUGGUACUUGCACUUGUGCCGAUAAGGGUGGCUGUAUGCGUUCCGAUAAGGGUCCAUGGAAUGAUGCAGACAUAUUGAAGAUGGUUCAAAAUGGUGAAGCCAAAUGCCACAGGAGAACCGUUUCAGGAAUUCAUGAGAAGGCACUAUCUGAAGAUGACCAAGCGAGCGCAAAGAGAAACGUUUCUUUCAGCAAAGAACCAUUUGAUGCUGUUGAUUAUGGCCAUCCAAGGAAUCAAGUAGAGCAUCAGAUACUUUCUCCAGUUCCUGAAUCUCCCUUGAGCAAAAGGAACAAGGACCAAGACUAUGAGAACUCCAUUCCAAUGGUAGAAAAGAACAUUGAUGCUGCUUGGCCUACGCCGCAGAAUAAUAGAUAUGCCCUCUCUAAAGUGUGUCGCCCAGAGCAUGAUGUUUGCAAGGCUCAGGGAGGGAACCGUCAGCUAGUAAAUGGGAUAAUGGCUGUCGUGAUGGGAAUUGUCUCCAUGGUUCGCAUAUCACGCAACAUGCCUAGAAAACUUGCUGAGGUUGCUGUUUAUGGUAGUCAAGUUUAUGCUGAUGAAAUGGCUAAAAGCCACGUAUUGCCAGCACCAUCCAUCUCAACUUCUGAAUACAAGAACAUGAUGUUGCGCAUGGCUGAAAUAGAAGAGAAGCUGAAUGUUCUCAGUUCCAAACCUCAAGUCAUGCCCCCUGAUAAAGAGGAAAUGCUGAACGCUGCUAUAAGGCGAGCCGAUACUCUAGAGCAAGAACUAGCAACAGCCAAGAAGGCACUUGAAGAUGCUGUUGCUAAACAGCAGGAACUCCUAGCCUACAUAGAGAAGAAAAAGAAGAAAAAGAAUGUAAGUUUACAUAUCUCUGAUAGUGCUCAGCAAAACUGA